UUGGCCAUGCCCGGGCUGGAGGGGCCCCGGCCGCGGCCUCCGCCUUCGGGUCUCGCGGGUCUCCUGUUCCUGGCGCUGUGCAGUCGGGCCCUCAGCCAUGAGAUUCUGGGCCUGAAGCUGCCCGGGGAGCCGCCGCUGACCGCCAACACCGUGUGCCUGGCGCUGUCGGGCCUGAGCAAGCGGCAGCUGGGCCUGUGCCUGCGCAGCCCCGACGUGACGGCGUCGGCGCUCCAGGGCCUGCACAUCGCGGUCCACGAGUGUCAGCACCAGCUGCGCGACCAGCGCUGGAACUGCUCGGCGCUCGAGAGCGGCGGCCGCCUGCCGCACCACAGCGCCAUCCUCAAGCGCGGUUUCCGCGAGAGUGCUUUCUCCUUCUCCAUGCUGGCUGCGGGGGUCAUGCACGCGGUGGCCACGGCCUGCAGCUUGGGCAAGCUGGUGAGCUGCGGCUGCGGCUGGAAGGGCAGUGGCGAGGAGGGCCGGCUGAGGGCCAAGCUGCUGCAGCUGCAGGCGCUGUCUCGGGGAAAGAGUUUCCCCCACUCCCUGCCCAGCCCAGGGCCUGGCUCUGGCCCCAACCCCGGCCCCCAGGACACAUGGGAAUGGGGUGGCUGCAGCCAUGACAUGGACUUUGGAGAGAAGUUCUCUCGGGAUUUCUUGGAUUCCAGGGAAGCUCCUCGGGACAUCCAGGCACGAAUGCGAAUCCACAACAACAGAGUGGGGCGCCAGGUGGUAACAGAAAACCUGAAGCGGAAAUGCAAGUGCCACGGCACAUCAGGCAGCUGCCAGUUUAAGACCUGCUGGAGAGCGGCCCCAGAGUUCCGGGCCGUGGGAGCAGCCCUGCGGGAGCGGCUGGGCCGGGCCAUCUUCAUCGACACCCACAACCGAAACUCCGGGGCCUUCCAACCCCGCCUGCGUCCCCGCCGCCUGUCCGGAGAGCUGGUCUACUUUGAGAAGUCUCCUGACUUCUGCGAGCGCGACCCCACGGUGGGCUCCCCGGGCACCAGGGGCCGGGCCUGCAACAAGACCAGCCGCCUGCUGGAUGGCUGUGGCAGCCUGUGCUGCGGCCGUGGGCACAACGUGCUGCGACAGACGCGAGUUGAGCGCUGCCAUUGCCGCUUCCACUGGUGCUGCUACGUGCUGUGUGACGAGUGCAAGGUGGCCGAGUGGGUCAAUGUGUGCAAGUGAGGGGCUGCCUCA